AGAACGAAACCGUCGGAAGGACAAAACGGGACGCGCGACGUGACCUUUUCCAUACUUGCAUGCGUGUGGCUGGCGCGCCUCCUAGCAAUUGCAAGUCGGGGAGGCAGGCCGCCUUCAAACGGUAGAUCUAGCCGAUGUCGUCGUCGAUGGGACACGAGAGUAGCGGUGGCGGCGCCGACGAGGAGGACCCCGCCGGCCUCCAGCGGGUCAUUUGGUUGCGGCAGAUGCUCCACCGCUGGCAGUCCUCCAGCUCCAGGAUUGCCGCCGAGAGGAGGUCCAGCGCCAGCGACGACGGCGACAGAGCCAACCCAGACGACGCCAACGCCACGACAGACCAAAGCAGCAACGGCGACCCCACGCCUGCCGCUGCAGACAAUGCCAGCAGCAGCAGCAGCAGCAGGAACCAGAUGCUGCCGGCGGCGCCGCAUGGUGCGGCGGACGAGGAGGACGAGGACGAGGACCGGCGGCUCCUGUCGCGGGUGCUGCUGGUGGAGGAGCGCAGGCGGGGGUGCCCCCCCGACGCGGCGGCGUGCGACUCGCCGAUGACGCCGAUGACCCCCGACGCGCCGGCGGACGUGCCCCGCGGGUGCUGCCCCGUGUACGUGGGCGCGGAGCGGCGCCGGUUCGUGGUGCCGACGGCGUACCUGGGCAUGCCCGUGUUCCGGCGCCUGCUUGAGAAGGCGGAGGAAGAGUUCGAGUUCGACUACCACGGCGGCGCCGUCACCAUCCCCUGCGACACGGAGGCGUUCAAGUACAUCCUCGUCGUCAUGGACCGCCACCGCCACGGCCUGGUCGACGACGAUGGGAACGAGAAGCACGAAGAGCAAGACGCAUCAUCUUCGUAGGAUCGAUAACAAGCUCGGAGAUCUCCGGUUGAAUGCGACCCUCCGUACUAGUCACGCAGGGCAAGGGCGGUACUUUUAACGAGUAAAGAAAGGGUAAUGGGUGUUGUUUGUUUGUCACUAUGCAAAUGCACGUUUGGCGCUCUGUCAUCACGAUGCCAUGGCCGAGACGAUGUUCGGUUCGUGUCUUAUUUUUAGAAUACCGUUCUAGAAUCUAGUUAUUAGCUAAAUGGUUUCUAAAUUUUUAUAUUAGAUUUUGUACCAUAAGCUUACGAUCUCUCUAUAAACUGUUAAUAGAAUUUGUAUUGGAUUUUGUGCA